UACAGGCGUGAGCCACCGCGCCCGGCCUUUUGUAAACUGUUAAGUCCAUUUUUUCCGAGGAUAAGUGACUAAUUUUGAAGGGAUACAGCAGUGAAAGUAGGCUGAGGUCACGGGGCACGAAGGGAAGAAAAGGUUGGGAGCGAAGAGAACUCUAGUGGCAGACAGUAGUGGGCAGGACCAGCUGAGAUCCAGGAGAAGCCCUGACCUGAGAGAUGGAUGUGGCCUCCGGGAGUGGAGACAGAGGUACCGCCUGGGUGGGAGCGGGAACGGAUUCGAUUCCGACAGGCUGAGAAAGGAGAAUGUCCCCGUAAAGGAGCUAGGCCUGAAAUAAGGGGUGUAGCCGUGGCUGGGUGGAAGAGUGAGGGAGGAGUAGAAGCGUGGCCGAGACCUGCAGCAAAAGAGGGCGGGCCCAGGGCCGGGCUGGGCGAGUCAGAGGCUCGGGAAGGGGCGUGGAUCCCCGGAGGCGGUCCCCGGGUUGCAGGGAGGGAAGUGGGCCGGGAGGAGGGAUAGGCGGUGAAGAGGCCCGGCCCUGCCAGGGAGGCGGGCGGAUCCGUGGCAGGGACCAGAAGGGGCCGGAAGGGGGUGGCCGCCGGCCGGGCCCCGCCCUGGGGCCGCCUCCCCGCGGGUUCCGUUGGCUGUGGCGGCAGCUGACGCUUGUGGCGGCGGUGGCUUCGGGGUGGGCGUAAGAUGGCGACAGCAGCGCAGGGACCCCUAAGCUUGCUGUGGGGCUGGCUGUGGAGCGAGCGCUUCUGGCUACCCGAGAACGUGAGCUGGGCUGAUCUGGAGGGGCCGGCCGACGGCUACGGUUACCCCCGCGGCCGGCACAUCCUCUCGGUGUUCCCGCUGGCGGCGGGCAUCUUCUUCGUGAGGCUGCUCUUCGAGCGAUUUAUUGCCAAACCCUGUGCACUCCGUAUUGGCAUCGAGGACAGUGGUCCUUAUCAGGCCCAACCCAAUGCCAUCCUUGAAAAGGUGUUCGUAUCUAUUACCAAGUAUCCUGAUAAGAAAAGGCUGGAGGGCCUGUCAAAGCAGCUGGAUUGGAAUGUCCGAAAAAUCCAAUGCUGGUUUCGCCAUCGGAGGAAUCAGGACAAGCCCCCAACGCUUACUAAAUUCUGUGAAAGCAUGUGGAGAUUCACCUUUUAUUUAUGUAUAUUCUGCUAUGGAAUUAGAUUUCUCUGGUCGUCACCUUGGUUCUGGGACAUCCGACAGUGCUGGCAUAACUAUCCAUUUCAGCCUCUUUCAAGUGGGCUUUAUUACUAUUAUAUCAUGGAAUUGGCCUUCUAUUGGUCCCUUAUGUUUUCUCAGUUUACAGACAUUAAAAGAAAGGACUUCCUGAUCAUGUUUGUGCAUCACUUGGUCACCAUUGGGCUUAUCUCCUUCUCCUACAUCAACAAUAUGGUUCGAGUGGGAACUCUGAUCAUGUGUCUACAUGAUGUCUCAGACUUCUUGUUGGAGGCAGCCAAGCUGGCCAAUUAUGCCAAGUAUCAGCGGCUCUGUGACACCCUUUUUGUGAUCUUCAGUGCUGUUUUUAUGGUUACGCGACUAGGAAUCUAUCCAUUCUGGAUUCUGAACACGACCCUCUUUGAGAGUUGGGAGAUAAUCGGGCCUUAUGCUUCAUGGUGGCUCCUCAAUGGCCUGCUGCUGACCCUACAGGUUCUGCAUGUCAUCUGGUCCUACCUAAUUGCACGGAUUGCUUUGAAAGCCUUGAUCAGGGGAAAGGUGACCUGUCCAGGAAGGAUUAUACCUUGUACUCUCCACUCUUUCCUCACCUCCUUCCUUUUUUCUAUGCCUGGCGGGAGCUGGACAGUUUCAUCUCUUGCAUGUAUCUAAGGAUGAUCGCAGUGAUGUGGAGAGCAGCUCAGAGGAAGAUGAUGUGACCACCUGCACAAAAAGUCCCUGUGACAGUAGCUCCAGCAAUGGUGCCAAUCGGGUGAAUGGUCACAUGGGAGGCAGCUACUGGGCUGAAGAGUAAGGUGGUUGCUAUGGGGACUUCAGCACACAUGGACCUGUAGGGCCACUGGCAACAUACUCCUCUUGGCCCUUCCCAUAGCUACUCUUCUGUGACUGGGAGACUGCAAGGCACUGAGGAGUAUCAAAGAAGCAAAUAUUUUCACUUUGAAAGAAAACUGCCGUUUUGUAUUUAAUAGCCUCCAGGUUCUUUCAGUAAUGUUAUUUGCUCUGUGUGUUUUUGUGUGUUUGUUGAUGUGCAUUUGUGCAUAUGCGUGAGUUUCAUUGCCAGGGUUGGGGCACAAUUCUGGACUGGGGCCAUGAGGCCUUCCCUGGUCCCCACUGAACCCACCUUAGUUCCACAUUUGGCUGCAUCUUGAAUUAUGCCGACUCCAGACUGUCUCCUCCUUUUUUGCCCUUGGUCUUGAGGCUCUAAACCCCUGAACCAUCUAAAUGGAGCAGCCAAGUUCAGUCCCAGAUUUCUGCACUGUUCCUCUUUCACAGCUGGAAUAUGUCACAUGAUGAAGUUGUACAGAAACAGAACCAUGGAUGGAUGGCCAGGAUUGCCAUGGUCCCUAGCUAGAUCCCCUUCCUAACAUCUGAUAGCAACAGGGACAGCUGCCAAUACCCUGCUCUUUACUCAAUGGUACCCAGGGAGGGAGCAUGGGAAGAGGGUAAGCUGAGGGCUGGAGGAGGGCAACAGCCACUGGGUGAGCUGUUCACCGUCUUAUACUAUUGUUUGUGAUUAAAAGUGCUUCAACCCA